AUGGGGUCACGCGAGAUUUAUCAUCCUUCCAUGCCGCUGGGGUUAAAGAGAUUUUCAGUAUAUGUCGCUUUCCCGAACGCAACAUCCAUCUUAUUCGGCGCCGUGACGUCACUCAUUACUCAUUCUUCAAGUCAACCGUAUUUCUUUCAUAUCCUUCUGUUCAUAUCUAUCUAUCUAUCUAUCUAUCUAUCUAUCUAUCUAUCUAUCUAUCUAUCUAUCCCAGUCUGUUCAUAUCUAUCUAUCUAUCUAUCUAUCUAUCUAUCUAUCUAUCUAUCUAUCUAUCCUAGUCUGUUCAUAUCUAUCUAUCUAUCUAUCUAUCUAUCUAUCUAUCUAUCUAUCUAUCUAUCUAUCCUAGUCUGUUCAUAUCUAUCUAUCUAUCUAUCUAUCUAUCUAUCUAUCUAUCUAUCUAUCUAUCCCAGUCUGUUCAUAUCUAUCUAUCUAUCUAUCUAUCUAUCUAUCUAUCUAUCUAUCCCUGUCUGUUCAUAUCUGUCUAUCUAUCUAUCCCAGUUUGUUCAUAUCUAUCUAUCUAUCUAUCAUUAUUAUUAUCAAUAUUUUUAUUCAAACAUUACAGAUUUAUAUAGAUCGAUUGAUAAUUCUUUAACUCAUCAAACAUUCCUAUCUAUCUAUCUAUCUAUCUAUCUAUCUAUCUAUCUAUCUAUCUAUCUAUCUAUCAGCAUAUAUCUAUCUUUAUGUAAACCUCCUAUUCUUAUUAUCUAUGUCGGUGUGAGUCAACUUAAAUCUAUCUAUCUAUCUAUCUAUCUAUCUAUCUAUCUAUCUAUCUGCCUGCCUAAAAUCCGCGCAGAUGAAGAAGAGAUUUGA